CUCCCAGACGGUGCUUAUCAGUUGCUUUGGCGAAGGCGAGAGAGCCUACUUCUGGCUGGCUAGGUGGCGAGCGCAAUGUAAAGCUUUUUUUUCGGUUUCUGAUGAAAUUCAAUAGAAACGCAAAACACAGCGAGAGCACUGGUAUAAAAACCGCUGCACAGCCGUUUCGGAGCAUUCAUUGUGAAAUUAAAAUCAAAAUUGAAGCAAGUCAAAAGAGCGUUUGAACGGAAUAAAUUGCAUACGCGUUAAGCUACUAGCCAAGUGAAAGCAUAGCAAGAAGAAUUUCAUAACAAAUUGUGAUAAAAGCAAAAACAAAUAAGAUUUUCAUUUGAACAAAAAUUACAGUGCCAUAAAAAAGCAGCAAAGAAAACACACACCCUACAAAAAUCACAAAAAGAGGGUUAAAAGAACAUUUUUCAAAGUAAAGCAAAAAGUAAACAAAGUGCAUAAGAACACUAUUGUACAACAACAAAAAGAACUCUAUCAACCAGUGCCACCAAAAGUGAAACCGUUGUCAAAGUCAGAGGCAAUCGCGUUUGAGUAUAAAUCACAAGGAGCACCAAGCGCCGGCAAACAAUCAGCAAUCGUAACUUCAACCGUUAGUGUCAAUCAAAGCUUGAAAAUUCCGCCAUACGCGCAAGCACCCAUCUACCCAACACGCACAUACAAAAUGGUCGUGGACGAAGCACGCAUCCAUCAUUACCAGAACAGCAACGCCAUGAACGACAUCAACCUAGAGCAACACCUUGAAGCCAUCAAUGAUAAGGCAACCACCACACAAAUGGAUUACUCAAAGAUUGGACGCACCGUCAAAUCAGCACUACUGAAGGCACAAGCUGAGUCGCGUGUCAUUGUGGGACUCAGCGCCGCCAUCCAAGUGCUCUCCAAGUCACCGGAGGGCUCACUCUUCUGCCUAAUGGCCGUGCCACAAGAUGGCGACUCCGCCACCCACAUGCACGAAGUGCUGCUGGAAGCCUUCUGCUAUGAAAACGACAUCUAUGUCAUCAAAGUCGAUUGCCCCACCAAGCUGAGCCGCAUUCUGGGCAAAACCGUAGUUGAAUCGUGUUGUCUGGUGCAAAAGACCUGGACCGGCGAGGAUGACGAGGAGCAGCUGAAUAAGCAAGAAUCACUGAUGGUCGACUACUGCGAGGCGUUCUGGGAUGCCCCACAACACCCAAUCGUUGAGUUGCCGGUCGUGUGAACGCAUGAAUGUACAGUGUCUGAACACAUUUCUGAACGGGAAGCACAUUCAACGCACAUAUGUACAUAACAAUGAAAGCGUUUUAUGGUGUAACUUCUCUUGUGGUGAAAUUAUGAAAAAAUCAAAUAUUUUUGGCCUAGACGAAGAGCGGGAACGAUGUCUGGAACACAAUGCCGCCGACAUUGGUACGUUCGAAGUGGAAAAAACCAAAAACAAAAGAAAAACCGACAACUUUAAAUCUGGAUUGUUGCGAAGCACGAGAUGAAAAAUGAAGCAGAUGAAGAUGUAUAAAUGUAGAUAAAUUCAGCUGAAGAUAAUGAAAGAUAGGUACGUGCGGCACGGCUGGGUCGCAUGCAAUUUUGUAUAAUAGCAAUACUAACAACGCAUACGAGGCCAUACGCCGCUGCCAGCGCCAUUAUAGCCAAAUUUUAAUGAAUAUUAAUGAAAGUAUUAGAAAUUAAUGUCAAUUAAUUUCGAAAUCACAUCAAACAAUGAACGAAACACACUGUACGCCCCCAGCCAUCAAUAGCUGAGCUGCUCAACAGUCGAACAGCAAAGCCGAUGCAAUAACAAAAACCUCAAUUAACCUCAAUAAAGCCGGCGUCAGCUCCCCCAACCGUAGGCAAGACGCAAUGACCUUGUCGCCGAAGCCGCUGUCACCGCCAAUAAUGCAACGAAAAAACGCCGGAUUUCCAACCGCAACUAGCAAGCGGCAACAGCACCGCACAGCUUAGUCAAUAUUGAAUCAGUGCGUGUGCGUGAUCAACGCGUGUGACAAGGAAGUAAGAUUAAGAUCAACUACAGCAACAACAGCAAAAGAAAAACGGCUUCGCAGUUAAUUCUACUUUAUAGUCUAGCAAAAAUAUUGUAUACCUCUGUAAGAUUAGAAAAAAAAAUCUCUAUAAUAACGCUUUAUAGGUUAUUAAUUAAACACUAGAAAAUAUGAGCGUAUCAAUUUAUGCAAACUCAUAAUUUAGCAAAACAAAAAAGAGAGAAAAAGUCUCAUAAAAUGAAAGAUGUUGACCUUAACUUAAAAGCUGAGACUGAGAAAUUGUUUUAAAUUAUUUCAAGCGUUAAAGAUAAACAAAAAA